AGGAGCCCUGAGUUUACCUGGAGCAGUGAGACCUGUUGAACUGCUCCCCCGCCUCACCUUCCCACUCCGUGGCCUUGGAAGCCUUAGGAGCGGAGGGGAGCAUUUCCCAGCAGCGGAGCGCCCCGGGCAGGAUGCCCCAACCUCGUUACCCCGUGUGAGCCAAGCCACCCCUUGGGGACCCAUGUGCAUCAUCUUCUUUAAGUUCGAUCCUCGCCCCGUUUCCAAAAAUGCGUACAGGCUCAUCCUGGCCGCCAACAGGGACGAGUUCUACCACCGGCCUUCCAGGGCCGCGGACUUCUGGGGGAACAACAACGAGGUCCUCAGCGGGCUGGACUUGGAGGAAGGCAAGGAAGGCGGCACGUGGCUGGGCAUCAACACGCGGGGCAAGCUGGCGGCACUUACCAACUACCUGCAGCCACAGCUGGACCGGGACGCCCGGGGCCGAGGUGAACUCGUGGCCCAGUUUCUGACCUCAGACGUGGAUAGCUUGUCCUACCUGAAGAAGGUCUCCGCAGAGGGCCACCUGUACAAUGGCUUCAACCUCAUAGCGGCCGACCUAAGCACAGAGAAGGGAGAUGUCAUUUGCUACUAUGGAAACCGGGGGGAGCGUGAGCCUGUUGUCCUGGCGCCAGGGACCUACGGGCUAAGCAACGCGCUGCUGGAGACGCCCUGGAGGAAGCUGUGCUUCGGGAAGCGGCUCUUCCUGGAGGCCGUGGAGCGAGGCCAGGCACUCCCCAAGGACGCCCUGGCCGCCCAGCUGCUGGACGUGCUCAACAACGAAGAGGCGCAGCUGCCGGACCCGGCCAUCGAGGACCAGGGCAGGGAGUAUGUGCAGCCCAUACUUAGCAAGUAUGCGGCUGUGUGUGUGCGCUGCCCGGACUACGGCACCAGAACCAACACGGUCAUCCUUGUGGAUGCAGAUGGGCACGUGACCUUCACAGAGCGAAGCAUGCUGGGCACGGACCCCUCUUGCUGGGAGACCAGCACCCACGAGUUCAGGCUGCAGAGCUAACCCCCACCCGGGUGUGGCCGGGGCUCCCGGGAGGCCCUGUCACAGGUACUGCCUGUGACUCGGCCAGCGUCCCCCAGGGCCAGAGCCCUCUGAUGUGUGUGAACUGUUUGCAUCCCCACGUCAAGCUCGGGGUCCAGCCUUGUGCCAGCGGAAAUGACGGAGGCCCAUGGACAGGUGUGCGGCAGGCCCAGGUGUGCCGUGCCUCCCCCUGCCCACGCACAGAAGCUCACACAAGGCACACGUGACACCCAUCAUGCACGUGCGCACACGUUACAGGCAGUAGACGUGUGCACACGUGCUCAGACACGCACACGCUCCAGGCAUGCACCCCCCAUGCGAGCCAGACACGCAGAGCUGUGCCUCUCAACACCCACACAUGCUUCUGGCCAGUGAGUCUUGCUGUGAUCCCGACAACAAGAGUGGAUGUCUGUUUCAAAGUGGCCCCUCCUCUUCUGGGCGUAGCCAGUUCCUGACCACCAGCCCUGCUCUUGGAGAGGACACGGACCACAUUUGAAUGAGGAAAACCUCCUCCAUAGCACAGGCACAGGCCGCUGGGUGGGUCCGGUGGUUCUGUGGGUGCCGGGGGGUCCUGUGUGUGGAGCUAUCCUGUGAGGGGGCAUCCAUGUGCACUGGGCCGCCUCGGCAGGCUCUCAGGCCUCCACCUGUGCAGGGGGGUCAUGGGUUCCGGGCAGGCCCAUCUCAGGGAGGGGACACAGCUGCCCCUGCCAUUUCCCUUCUCCUAGGGAGUUAAACUUCAUAAGACUCUGUACUUGAAUGUGAGACGCUGAUAAUAAAACUUGAGGCCGUUGUGAGCCAGUGCAUUCCAGGCCCUUGACUCUGUGACAGGAUGACCAGAGCUGCCGUGCAGGAGCCCCCAGGAGCUCCUGGGGCCCAGACCCCGGUGCAGGGCUCUUCCCCUUUUCCCUUUUGCUCAUGGCCUCCUGAGCACUGUGACGGAAGCCAGGAGUUCAUCCGGGUGCAGGUGGGAGCCCUGGGGAGCAGUGCACACGUGCUGGACCGUGGAGGCCGGGGGAUGGCAGGAAGGGCUGGGCUUCAGGUAACAAGAGCAGGUGGAGUCUGUCCUACCCCAGGGCCCUUGUUUUGGGCAAGCACCCUGGAGCUCCUGUCCGCAGCUGGGGCUGGGCAUUUGGGGGUCCUGUGUCCAAUGCUGACACUCAGGCUUCCCUCCGCCUCAGCGGCCGACCCGACUUGGCCUUCUCAGUGCAGUGACAGCUCGGGUGGGCUGUGGACCUUGACUGGGCCCAACCUGCCUCUCCGUCACUUCUCCCUUCCUGCUCACCACCCCACAGCCAGGCAUGAAGGGGCUCCCAGUGUGACGCAGCCUGUGCCCCCCACCCACGUGUCCAGCUGAGCCAUGGCUAGCCAGGCUCCCAGCUCUGGCACUGCCAACACCCUCUGUCUGCUUCAGCAGGCCACCCCGCACCAUGAAAUGGACCAGGUCCCCACACCAGCACCUGCCCUGGCCAGGCAGGUCUGCCCUCGUGGGGUGCCGCUGGACUGGGUGCAAAGCCAUCUGAAGAGCCUUUCAGAUGUUUGCCACUGCCCCAGGGACGGGCCUGCACAGGAAAAGCUUCCCACACUUGUCACGGUCCCCUCUGCCCCUGCCUGCCCUGGGCUCCCUGGCAGCUUGGAACCCCUGAGGAAGGGGCAGCCCAAGACUUGUUUCUAUUGUUAUGGGCUGAGUUGUGUGCCCUCCAAAAGAUAUGUUGGACCCCAGCACCCAGUACCUCAGAAUGUGAUCUUGUUACGGUCUUUCCAGAGGUAAUCAGAAUAAAAUGGGAUCGUUAGGGUGGCCCUAAUCCAAUAUGAGUGGUGUCCUUAUAAAAAGGGGGAAACGUGGACACAGGGACAGACAGGCACCCAGGCAGACGCCUGUGAAGACUGGAGCUGGGCUGCCUCACGCCAAGGAACCCCAGAAGCUGGGAGAGAGGCCAGGGCACGUCCUCCCCUGGAGCCCUCAGAGGGAGCACGGCCCUGUGACACCCUGCUCUCAGACGUCCAGCCUCCAGAACUGUGAGAAUAAAUUUC